AUGCCCCCGUCCCCCGAGCCUAAGCUCAACUCAGACGACAGCACCUCCCGUCUCUCCGACGCUGCCCUCAGGAAGAAGAAGAACGCCGAUGCUCAGGCCGCCUUCCGCGCUCGCCGCGCGAACUACAUCGCGACACUCGAGGAGACAGUCACCAACCUAGAGGCUGUCGUCCUCGAGCUCCAGGAGUCUGUGCGCAAAAACCAGAGCGCUCUCCAGGAGGCUCGCCAGGAGAACAGCCGGCUCAAGUCCGAGCUUCAGAACAAGGAUAAGAUGCUCCGUAUGUACGAGCAGACCCGCAAAAUCGACUGCGACCCCCAGGACGAGUACCCCAUGCCUUCCUAUGCUCCCGCGCGCACCCCUCCCCUCACCAUGCCCUCUAUGCAACCCGGCGCGACCAACGGCUUCUCCGACGACCCCAUGCGCUACCCCUCGGCCAGCCAUACCUCGAGCUCGAUGAACGGCUCCUACCACAAUCCGAGCGGACAGGACUACUCACAGCGCUCCCCGGCGCUUGGAUAUCGCUAUGAGCCCUACACGCCCUACCCCAUCGACACUUCCGCGCGCGAUGGCGGCUGGGUCGGCCACUCGGCAACGACCGUCAGCGACGGCUCCAUGGACAGCAGCUCCGCGACGCACUCGCCCACAUUCGUCGAGUCGCCCACGCUCACCGCAUCCGAGAUUCAGUACCAAUCCCGCUACGGCGUCAUGGAGGACCAGAAGGUUCCCAUCACCCCGCUCGCGACGUCCCCGUACAUGUUCGCUCCAUCCCGCUCGUUAUCUCCCGCAGCCUCAACGCCUUCCUCCGCCUCCUCCACAUCGCUCGCCCCCAACUCCUACGCCUUCACUUUUCCUGAAGGCUCCGCCAUCGCCGACCGCCCCGAAUUUUACGGUCGCCGUCCCCAGAACCCCCCAGAACUCACCCUUCAUGGCGGCACUGCCGACGUCACCGCGAUUCUCCGUAUGAGUGGGCGCGGCGGCACUGCGCCCACGUCGGAACGCCCGGUUCAGGCGCCCUCACCCUACACGCGCGGUGACAACGGUUCGGGCGAGCGCGAGUCCGACGGCGAGUCCUCCUCAUACACCUACUCGUCCCACUCGCGCACCCGUACGCGCACCACCAGCUCUGCGUCCGCCGUGUCCGUCGCCGCGUCACGCGCAUCGCGCUCCCCUUCGCCGGACCUGCGCCGAUUUGCACAAGCGUUCGGGGCUCUCCGUCGCACGCGCGGCCGUUCGAAGAAGACGAGCGAAGGGGCUGCGAAGGCGGCGGUGGAGGCCCUGGCCGCCCGUGGCAUCGGCGUGGGCGGCGACAGGCUCGGCAACCCCGCCAAGCGUCCACGGCUGCACGACGGGGACGGCGAUUUACGGAUCUAG